AUGAGCGUACGCGUCGUCGCGAGGAUCCGUCCUCUGCUGAAACAAGAGGUCGAUACAGACACCAUCGUCACGGCCGAGAAGCUCGAGGGCGACACUACCGCCGCAGUCGUGCGCAUCCCGAGUCCCAAGAACGACGCCGAGUCCUUCAGCUUCCAGUUCAGCUCCGUCUACGAGCAGGACGCCACGCAGCAGCAGCUCUUUGACGCCGAGAUCGCGCCCACGGUAAAGCACCUCUUCAAUGGCUUUGAUCUCUCCAUCUUCGCCCAUGGCUGCACGGGCACCGGCAAGACGCACACGAUGCGCGGCGGCAAGUCACUGGCCGACCGCGGUGUCAUCCCGCGCCUGUUGAGCACCAUCUACCGCCGGUGUAAGAAGAUCGAGAAGGACUCUGCUGGCGCCACGCAGGUAGAGGUUGCCCUCGAGUAUUUUGAGAUCUACUGCGAUCGCGUCUACGACCUCUUUGAGCCCCCGGAGAAGCGCACCCCAUCAGGCCUGCCCAUCAGGGACAACCACGGCAAGACGGUUGUCGUGGGCCUGACCGAGAAGCCCUGCACGACGCUCAAGGAGUUUGAGCAGCUCUACGACCAAGCCAACAUGAACAGGUCGACGUCUGCUACCAAGCUGAACGCGCACUCAUCGCGAUCCCAUGCUGUGCUCUGUGUCAAGAUCACUCAGACCACUGAAGACUCUGUCCGCGUCAGUCGCGCGUCUUGCAUUGACCUUGCAGGAUCAGAAGACAACCGCCGAACAGACAACAACAAGGAGCGCCUCGUUGAGAGCUCAGCCAUCAACAAAUCGCUCUUUGUACUAGCACAGUGCGUCGAGGCCAUUAACAAAAAGGCCAGCAGGAUACCCUACCGCGAGUCCAAGAUGACGAGGAUCCUAGGCCUGGGUCAGAACAAAGGCUUGACCGUCAUGAUUCUGAACCUUGCGCCCACCCGCGCAUACCACCUCGACACUAUCAGUUCACUCAACUUUGCCAGCCGAACAAAAAAGAUCGAGGUUGCCGAGGUCGAAAACGACCCCAUGUACAAGACGGCGGUCAAGCCCUUGGCAGUAGCCAGUGGUGCAACCAUGGCACGUCAGCCGCUGCGCUCACUAACAGCUGCCACCAACGCCAACCUCACGGAACUAGAGAAGCAGAAGAAAGGGGAAAAGCCCACAAAGGCAUUCUCUGUAUACUCUGACUCCCGCAAGGCGGCCCCUCGUGUUGCUAAUCUCACACAGAACCAGGGCAUUCGACGAGCAGAGGCUCCCAAGCGAGCAGCUGAACCCAGCAGCACUUUUGCAUCCCGACCAACCAAGACUUUCCGGACAGCCGACACGGCCUCGCGGUUACGAACUGCUGAGCCUGUCCUGACCAAGGAGUCAAUCGAAGCUCUCAUCGCGCAAAAGGUCGAUGAGAGGCUCGCAGAAAAGGCGUUGCAAGAUGCAGGUGCUUCUGCGCCAGCACUAUCAGUCGAGCUCCAAAAGCGCCUUGAUGAACUCGAACAUCGCAUUGACGCAAAGGAAGAGGACGGAAAGUCGCAGGGCCUGCAGUUUUUGUUGAUGGCAAAGCAACACCACAUCCGCGGAGAGGACGCAAGCGCACUGAGAAUGUACCACCUUGCACACCCCUACUUCCCCGGUAACGCCAAGCUGGAGGCCAAGAUGAAGUCGCUCGAAGACAAGAUACGCGCCAAGAAGGAAGAGGCCAUGAAGCACGUAUCUGCACCCGUCGAGCUGCCAUCCCACACCGUGCCGUCACCCACGCGUCUCCCGCGGCUCAUGGCCCCGCUCAAAGCCGAAAAGAAAACCGAAAAGAAAAUCCCCAAGCCAAAAGUUGUUAACCGAGAAGAAAAAGAAGAAGAAGAUGAUGAUGACGAAGAUGAAGAAUUUGCCCCUGCCCCGCCCUCUGACCACGACGACUCGUACGCCUCCGACGACAGCUUCCAGUACAAGACCAAAGCCACUGCCACCCGUAAAGCCAAAAAGCCAACCAGGAAACUGCCUGUAUUCCGUGAUACCACCACUGCCGCCUCUGCUACCGCCACUGAUAAACCUGCCUCGAACCCCGCUCAACACACGCCCCGGACCUCGCACCUGCUCAAGAUCAUCAACUCGCGCGACAUCAACCAGAUCAAAGCUCUCAAAGGCGUUGGCGCCAAAAAGGCUGACAGCAUUGUAAACUGCCUGGUUGAAAUGGACGAUGCUGAAAUCCGCGACUUGGAAUCUCUGGCUAUGCUCAAGGGUGUCGGUGGCAAGACGGUGGAUAACAUGAGAGUGGGACUCGGCCUUGGUCUUGGUGCUGCUACCUACGACUUCUGA